AUGAUGAUGCUUAGAUGUUUUGCUAUCUUUGCGUCUCUACCUUUGGUAGUCUUCGGACAAUUCCUCUACCCCUGUACUGGCGGCGGCGAAGCAUCACAUUUUCAAAAUGAUAUAAUUUGGGGUUUCAAGAAGUAUUUCGAGCUUGAAGGUAUUCUGCAUGACCUGAAAGUGAGAUAUAAUUGCCGCUACGAGAUACUUACCGACUAUGAGGGUCCUUAUUUCCUUACCUUCAACAUUGGAAAAAACCACGGAGAGCUACCCUCGAACGAUGUUAGAGAUCAUAUUGCCAAGGCAUUGGUGGAAGAGACAAAAAACGCACAAAGCGCUUUGAAGGCAGUGUUGGCCCCGAUGGUUGAUGAGUUAAUGGAAAAGGAAGAAGAGAGAGAGGAAAACGAGCGCCCGAAGCUCGUUCUCAAUGUAGGAUGCUUCCUUGCUGAGGAUGGAAAAUACUAUUCUGAUAACUUAUCUGCCUUCUGCAGUUUCUCGGUUAUGCCUCCCCCUCCAAACGAGUUCUAG